AUACGGUUUUGUGUCGGUGCGCAUCUGAAGAACGCCAUCUCCGAUUUCAGAAACACACACAAAAUAUAUCUGUCAAAGUGUCUGUCACAUACAAGCUACUUGAACUUUCUUUUCCUUUUUUUAAAUCAAAUCUUGUUGACACGAAAUGGAACCACUGCAGGAAGGUCUAGUGGAAGAAAUAUGGAUAAAACCCGAGCCAACUGAUGACUGUUUACCCACCACUGACUGUCGCAUAAAAAGUGAAGAGGAGGAAAUCGAUAUCGCUGAAAUUGACCCAUUCACUGCAACGACUACGUUCACCAUCCACACUGAUGUCAGUCCAGAGCUAUACGAGCAAGAAGCUUUGAUUAUUAAGUCGGAAUUCGGGUUCGACAAUGACAACGACAAUGACGAAUCCACGGAGCACACAACGUCACACAUUCAUGAUUGCAAGGAAUGCGGCAAGGUAUUUUCGAUCAAAUCCAGUCUCAGCAGACAUCUGAAAAUGCAUUCAGGUGAAAAACCCUUCGAAUGCGACAUUUGUGGAAUGCGAUUUGCACAAAAGGCCCACGUAAAGCCGCACCAAAUGACACAUACUGGUGAGAAACCCUUCGAAUGCAACCAAUGCGGCAUCCACUUUGCCUACAAAAAGUCGUUGCAAUGUCACCUGCAAACCCACAGCCGUGAAGGAACCUGCGAAAAACCGAACCCAUCAAAUGAAUGCGACGAAUGCGGGAAAACGUUUGCCAGACGGGCUACGCUAAAGAUUCACAAACUGAUGCACGCUGGUGAGGCGCCCGUAUUUUCGUGCACCGAGUGCGGCAAAUCAUUCCCACGAAAGUCAAGCCUGACCAGACAUCUACUGAUGCAUUCCGGUGAAAAACCCUUCGAAUGCGACAUUUGUGGAAUGCGAUUUGCACAGAAGGGACACGUUAAGCCACAUAGGAGAAAACACACUGGUGAAAAACCGUUUGAAUGCGAUCAUUGCGACAUGAAUUUUAUGUACAAAAAAUCGUUGAAACAACACUUGAGAACUCAUCGCGAUCUGAUAGCCGGCUAUGAAGAAGAGAUCGUCGUACGUAAAAUCUACGAAUGCGACGAAUGCGAAGAGACAUUCCAUCGCCGCGAUAAUUUCAAAUGGCACAAAUUGAAGCACCUUGGCCACGUUCCCUUCCAAUGUGACCAAUGCGGAAAGCAAUUUUUCCGGAAUGACCAUCUUGUCCGCCAUAAGCGGAUGCAUUCAGGUGAAAAACCGUUCGAAUGCGAAAUUUGUGGAAUGCGAUUUUCACAGAAGGCCCACGUCAAACCGCACAAAUUGACCCACACACCAUCCGAUCGACCAUUUCCGUGCGACGAAUGCGACAAGAGAUUCGUGUGCCAAUCGGCAUUGACAAAGCACAAGAAAAUGCACGAAACAAGUUUGACUGUGGACGAUUGGUCAUUUUAUUGCGUCGAAUGUGACACCAAAUUCACCAGCCAAUCUGAACUGAACAAACACAAGCUAACGCACGGCGAGCUACCGUUCAAAUGCGAAUGCGGAAAGGCAUUUCCGCGCAAGUCAAGUCUCAUCCGACACGAACUCGUUCAUUCAGGUGAAAAGCCCUUCGAAUGUGAUCUGUGCGGUCAGACAUUUAAACAGAAACAUCACGUCAAACCGCACAAAUUGACCCACCGAGACGAUCUGAUUUUCGAAUGUGACGAAUGCGAUAAGAAAUUUGCUCGUGAUUCGGCGCUCAGCAAACACAAACAGCUGCACAUAGCAAUAUACCGAUGCAGUCUGUGUAAUGCUACCUUCGAUCAGGAACAGCCAUUGGUGCAGCAUAUGAAGGAUAUUCAUCUGUGAGUACGAAGGGUACGAGCGAUAAUUAAAAGAAUUUUGAUUUCUUGAUUGUAAUAAAAAUUGAACUUAAAAAUGCCAACAA